CUAUUUCAGUGUUGGAAUCAGUUCAUUUGUAUAGCUUGGAGGCAUUAAUAAGAGCAGAGAACUGUAAAGGCACCAGAAAACUCGAACAGUUACUAAGAACCCAAGGUAUUUUUUAAAAGUAUUUUGUCUUUUCGGCACCCCAGUCUUCUGAUAAGGAACCUGAACCAGUUGACAGACAGGAAACCUCUGCUAGUCCUUCCAAAGAGAUUGCAAACAAGAAGAUGGCAUGAUUUUUGCAAACCUGGAAAGUCUAAAGAUUGCAAUAAUUGUUGGACCAAAGGGACCCUCUUCAGGCAUAAAUAGCAAGACUCCUACUGUCUUCUCUUGCAGACCAACUCAGCUGCCAGCAAAAGCAGGUGCUCUCCCACUACCAGUGCUCCAGAGGAAGUGGAAGGGAAUGGAAAACCUGAUGUUUGUCUACUGCUCCUGUAAAGUUAUCUGGACAGUACUUGUAACUAUACUAGGGUAUGCCAGCAGCUUGCCUGUGGGGGAUGACUCUAUUUGCACAGCAGAGGAACUUGCUAAGUACAGGAUAAUCUUCAUAGGGAAAUGGAGUCAGACUGCUUUCCCUAAGCAGUAUCCACUCUACAGGCCCCCAGCACAGUGGUCAUCCCUGCUAGGUGUUACUCAUAGUCCUGACUACAGCAUGUGGAAAAAAAAUGAAUAUGCCAGCAAUGGUGUACGUGAUUUUGCUGAAAAGGGUGAAGCAUGGGCAUUAAUGAAAGAAAUAGAAGAAGCUGGAGAGAAAAUUCAGAGCGUACAUGGAAUCUUCUCUGCUCCUGCAAUUACCAGUGGUACAGGACAAACCUCUACUGAAUUAGAAGUGCAUCCAAGACAUCCCUUAGUUUCAUUUGUUGUACGAAUUGUUCCAAGCCCUGACUGGUUUGUGGGUAUUGACAGCCUAAAUCUCUGUGAAGGAGACCGCUGGAUGGAUGAAGUGUCAGUAGAUCUAUAUCCAUAUGAUGCUGGAACCGACAGUGGUUUCACAUUUUCCUCCCCAAACUUUGCCACUAUUCCACAGGAGACAGUUCAAGAGAUCACUUGCUCCUCUCCAAGUCACCCAGCAAACUCAUUUUAUUAUCCAAAACUCAAAAUUUUGCCACCUAUUGCUCAAGUAACAAUGGUGAAAUUAAAGAAAAGCCAGCUGGGUCUUUCUGCACCUUAUAUUAAUCUUCCAGCCAAAAGCAAUGAAAUAAUAGACUCUGUCUCAGAAACACCCCUGGACUGUGAGGUUUCUCAAUGGUCUUCCUGGGGUCUCUGCAGAGGCGUUUGCAGAGAAACAGGGACCAAGAUCAGAACUCGUUUUGUGCUUCUUCAGCCUGCCAAUAAUGGAAUGCCUUGUCCAAACCUGGAUGAAGAGACACCAUGUGAACCUGAAAACUGUGUCUGAAAUAAAGAAAAGAUAAUAACUUAGAUAAUUUAAAAGUAGGAUAAGUUUAAAUCUAAACUACAUGUCAAUCAGUGUUCUUUAGAAUUUGGAUAUGCUGCACUAUUUUGAUGAAAAGGUGUAUAAGAGUGGUUUUGAAAGUUUCUAUUUAAUGUCAACAUUUUAGGGGGUUAAAUUUCUAAGGUUUAGUAUGACAACAGUACUCGAUCACUUACAGACCAAAAAUCCCCAAAUAAAUCCUUCCUACAAUACACUGUAAGUUCUUGGAGUACCCUCUAGUGGCAGAAAAGAAGACAUUUGGAAACAUUGUACUUCACAUGAAUAAAAAUCAAUCACAACAUCUAAACUAAUAGCCUUCUUAAAUACUGUAAUUUGAUUAUCUACAGAUAUUUAUACCUAGAAAUUAAUUUUUUCAUCUAAAUUAUGUUUUUAUAAUUUAUUGGCAUUUUUCUUGUCUUUCUAACUAUGCUUAACAUGCAUUUCUUCAGAAACUACUUACAUAAGUCAGAGUGACCAGAUGUUUGCAGCGUGGUUAAGACAAUAGUGGAAGUGAGUAAACUUGUCUUGAGACUUACGAAUAUAUGAAAAUGUCUUUUUCUUUCUUUUUUCUCAAAAGCGAGAAGAAUAAUGAGGACACUCAGCCAACAAAAUUACUAGAAAAAUAUAGAAGUGUGGAUACCACUAGAAAACUUCUGAACUGAAUUAAAUGUGUUAGUUGAGAUUCAAAAAAUGAUUGUUGGUGUGUGUCACUCAUGAGACAACUAUCUCAAAACAAAUGCUGUUGACCAUAACAUAAAUUAUAUCAUUACCUUUAUAUAUGCAGUAAAUAUUGUCCAUGUUUCUUUAAA